UGUGUGUUGCAAGUACCAGGAAAUUGCUCGGUUUUGCUUCCUCCGGGAGCCGCGAGAUUUAUCUGUAAGGAAAACAUCGUCAGAAAGGAACCGGUCCAGAUUAAUUCUUUGGUUGUUAUCAAGGUGUUACAUUUAGCACACUGGACAAGACAUCCAAUAUCUGAAUAAUUAUGCUCAGGAGCAAAGCAUUCAAUCUGUUAAAAUCUAUUCACCUGAUGUCUGGCCAGCCAAAAUUGGCUUAUAAAGGUAUUCAUCCAGUUAUUGCUUCACAUGGACAUCGCUCUCACAGAAGUGUGGGAUACAGACAGAGGUACAAGACAGGUGCAGGUAGUGCUGGAGGAAGAACACUAGGUGCUCCUCAGACCAAGGCCAUGUCAGAACCGGAGUUGCCGGGUCUUUUGAUUCUGGAUAUUGGAGGAACUUAUGGUGUGCAAGAAAACAUUGUAGCGCUUUUGAAAAAACACUUUUGCCUUAUCACCAUGAAGGAAUUUCUUGAAAACAAAAAAGAAAUGAGCAAAAAAAUCCAAUCCGUUUUUGUGUCUGAGUGCAGGCCAACUGUUGACCAGGAACUUCUAGAAAGUUUGCCUAAUUUAAAGGUAAUUGGAAACUCUGGGGUUGGAGUGGAUCAUUUAAACUUGAAAAUGGUUUCUAACUUUGGUGUGAAAGUCACCAAUACCCCACAUGCCGUUGCUGACUCUACAGCAGACAUUGGAAUGGCCUUGAUGCUGGCCUCUGCCAGAAGACUAGUUGAAGGCUCCCAGAUAGCAAUUUCUCCACACACAAGGUAUUUUGCUGUUGACUGGCUGGGAGUUGAAGUUACCAGGGCGACUCUUGGGAUCAUCGGGAUGGGCAGAAUUGGGUAUAAAGUGGCUCAGAGAGCCAGAGCCUUUGAAAUGAAGAUCCUGUACCACAACAGGAAGCAGAGAAAGGAGGAGGAACAGGCAGUUGGUGCCCACUACUGUGAGAAGAUGGAAGACUUGCUGCAGCAAUCUGACUUUGUUAUGCUGGUUGUGAACCUGACUCCUGAGAAUCACAAAAUGAUUGGGAAAAAGGAGCUGGGGCUGAUGAAACCCACAGCCACUCUUAUAAACAUUGGUCGAGGUGCACUUAUUGAUCAAGACGCAUUGGUAGAAGCUCUCCAGAAUAACGUUAUUAGGGCUGCUGCUCUGGACGUGACAUACCCUGAGCCUCUGCCAAGAGAUCAUCCUUUGUUAAAAUUAAAUAACAUCAUUAUAACCCCUCACAUUGGAACUGCAACAGUCCAAGCCAUCCAGAUGAUGGCAGAAGAAGCAAUAGCAAAUAUGCUGGCUGUUCUCAAUGGUCAACCCAUUCCAAGUGAAGUGUUUCCCAAAUGAUGCGGGCCAGAUGACACUGCUAAAUCUCUUAUCUAUAAGAAGGCACUGUUUCCUACAGUACCACUUUUAAGUUUUAAAAAAGUAACUGUUUCUGCACUGCUGAUGUUGUCAUGAUACUGCAAAGCUCUCAUCUCACUCGACUUACCUUGCAUUGUCAUUUACAAUUCUGAAAAAUAAAAAAUUGAUAAAAGGGU